AACGAACACGAGAUGCAUCACUGUACAUAGGCGCAGGUCUGCAGCCAUAAGCUAUACGCAGUUUCUCGUUUUUCCGAGCGGUCUUAUGUUGCAAAUUCCUCGACCCAUCGCUUAGAAUCUCACAGUUGAUGAACGCUUGUGACCAUGAAGUACGGAAUCAACCCUACAUCGGAGGAAGCUAUCAUCGACAGCAUCGCAAAAGGCGAGUUGAGAGGAGGAGAAGGUAGCUCUGGCAGUAAUGGCAGCGACGGAGUACCAGCGACGCUAAUUCCCAUCCCAGCGGUCGACGACACAGCUGCUGCUGCGCCUGCUGCAGCACCCAUCACCUCCACCACUAUCAUGGAUGCCCCUACGAAGCCCAGUCCUAAACCCGACGUGGAUGCUGUGGUCUUCUCUAUCCAGUUCUACGGGAAGACGGUGGGCGAGGUGGGGCUGAUGGACCAGGACCUGGCUCAGCUAGACUGGAAGAAGUUUAAGUCUUACCUCUUUCAGAAUUUGUUGAGUAUGAACCACCAGGAGAAUAUUUGUGUCAGUUACAAUGAUGAUGAAGGCGACAAGCUUCCUAUAGAAUCUGAUGAAGAGUACCGUGAAGCAUUGAAGAUUGCAAAGAAAAAAGCAGAAGUCCAUGAUAAAAUGGUAUUAGAUAUUACAAGACAAGGUGGCCUGCCCACUGUGCUGUCUCUUGUCUCCUCUGGUAUAAAGAGAGUCAGCUCGUCCCCUCCAAAAGAAGGAGGGAUUUCAUUUUUCAAAGCUUCUUCACCACCGAAAGAAUCAGGUUUUGUGGCGAAGGCUGUUGGGACUGAGAGGAAGCUGUUUCCAGGAUUGUUCUCCCCAGACAGAGGUCCAAUACCAGGUCAUGUGCAAGGUGUGUGGGGGUAUAACAGUGAUGAGGCUGUCACUAUUGACAUGCCCCUGAACACUGCAACUGCACCCACCAACAUUGCUACAACAGCCUCAACGGCGGCCAUAUCCCCUUCACAUGCUCACGGCAAGGAGGGGCCUCCUGUUCAGGAUUUGCGAAUCCCUUCUCCUAAUUUACUUUUCAAGUCUGAUGCAUCGAGUCAUAGGGUUAAGAAUGAACCCUUACAAAUUCCCACCAGUCAAGAUGUUUUUGGUGCAGGUAGUGGACAGUUACCUGGUGGAGGGGCUCGGCCACGAGUGACACAGAAGCAGAGGCACAGCACGGAACAGCCACCAGAGUGGUUCACUUCGUACAUGUCCAAGUUUCGUUCAGAGCUCUCCGAGGAGGUGAGCCAGCAGGUUGUCGAAAAGGUCACUGAUGUAUUACUGGAUGUGAGAAACACGCCUUCUCCAUCUGCUCAUGAAAAUAGCGUGGAUUUACUAACUAAUGAGAUAUCUUAUUGCCAUUUAGACAAUGAAGCAAUACAGAAGCCUCCUCAUCCAGCAUGUUUCGGGAAAGAAAUAGAGAGCCAGCGACUCCUAGCAGCAGAUGCAGUAAAGGCAAAUCUUGACUUGCACAUCUUUGACCAUAAAGUCAAAAAGGAUAAAAUGGAAGAUCUUGAUAGUAUUAUAAAAGAAUCACAUUCAGAGUCAAGAAUGAAGAAAACCCCAGAAAAGGUUGAAGGGGGUGAUAUUGGAGCAAAGCGUAAAAAGUUUGCCAGAGAGGAAGAGAGACUUGUCAGAAAGCAAGAAAAAGUUGAGGAGCGAUUUUUCAAGAUACAGGAGAAAUUGGAAGAAAAAUUUAUCAAGAAGCAAGAGAAAGUCGAGGAGAAAAUUCUUAAAAAACAAGAAAAAUUAACAGAGAAAUUUUUGAAACUGCAAGAGAAAGAUAAAAAGAAGUUUGCAUUAAAGUACCCUGAGGAGAUGGAUAAGGCCAGUCGUACACAGGAGAAAGUCUUGGCUAAGAUGGAAGGGCUGAGGAAGAAACAGUCAUGUUCUCCGGAGGAAUUCAACAAGCUGCGCAAGAUGGUGGACAAACAUCAUAGAGUUAUUGCAGCAGAACACAGACAGCAGAGACGCAGUGAUCGUAGAGCUGGAAACUGGAAAGCUGGAAAAUCAAAAAAACUCAGCAUUGAUAAUAUGGGGUUCCCUGUGGAUGCAUCUCUCUUGCAUGCAGCUUUACAGGAGCUGGAAGCUUUAGCUGAAGACUCUCCUACUGAAGGGAAUGGAGGUGGUGCCACACGUGGCUAUGAUGCUCUUUACCUUAAGGACAUAACCUAUCCUGAUGGCUCUCAAGUGCCUCCUGGAAAAGAGUUUGUCAAGACCUGGCGAGUAGUUAAUUCUGGAGUGAUGCCCUGGAAUGAAAAAACAACUUUGUGUAAGUGGACUCAAGUACGAUUCCGUGGCUCACCUGCUGGCUGGAAGUUAAAACCGUCGCUGAAGAAGGUGGUGUGCCCCCCUCUGGAACCAGGACAAGAGGGUGACAUCUCCAUAACCUUUACAGCACCAAGUGAGCCUGGCUGGUACGCAACACACUGGAGAUUUUGUCAGAAAGGACGAGUGUUUGGAAACCAGAUGUGGUGCGCAAUACAUGUUAUAGGAGACCCAAAUUCUGAUAGACCACACCUUAAAUCGUUAGAAAAUUCUGAUGAUGAGCAGAGAUCAGAUGUUGAAAGGAGUCUUAUGCUGCCAAGCUUAGCUACAGAUGUAAAGGAAUUGCCAGAUAUGUCAGAUAUGUCCAAAGAUAACAUGCUACAAGGGGCUCUAGCAGAGGAGAAUUAUAUACAGGUAUCUACUGGUUUAGCUUGUGAACCCCGUGGACAGCCAAGAGAGGAUCUUUGUACCCAUUCAGAUUUUUCAUCUCAACUAGACCUUGAGGUUGGCAUUGUUGAAAACUAUUAUGAUGCUGAAGAUCCAGCUCAAAAGGAACUGUCAAAGAGCCUGCAGUGUAUGACUUUGUCCUGCCCCGAUGUGGUAUCUGAUGCUGUGGAUACAAAGAGAAUUGAGCAGGACCUGAUUUCAUUUGAAGAUGAUGCUGAAGUGGUUUCUUCUGGGAUUUCAACUCCAGAAAUUAUUCCCUUUCUGCCUCAGGCACAUGCUGUGGUACCACUAAAGGAAAUGGCGAAGGAGUCUGUCGAGUCACUGAGAGAAUCUAUGAAUGGGAAGGAUCAACAAGCAGGGACCAAGCUUCAGUAUGGGCUCAGUGUUAUUCCAAAGACUCAACAAUUUGAUUCACUGAGCAUCUCUAGUGGGUCAUUCUCUGAAUUAGACUCAGAGGACCAAGCUAUAUUAAAUGAAUCUGAUACAGAGCUUUCAGACCAAGAGUAUUAUGUUGUCAACUUGCCCGAGUGUUUCAACAUGAAGUCGUCACAUGUGGAUCUUGUGGAAGCUGAACUGGCAAAGUCAUCUAAAGUUGCCCAAGGCAUUUAUACUGAAGCCGACCGCCUUGAGUCUCCUGACUUUCUUACAGCAGAUGAAGAUGAGCGAACUACUGCAAUUCUUUCUGAAGCAGCAGAUGAUCAGGCAGUGUGUGGGGUUGAAGCUUUAGCAUCGUCAAAUACUAGUCGGGAAGAUGGCUAUUCAAGGACAGUUAUUGAGAUGCUCCCAGCAGGAAAGCUGACACAAGAUUGUGCUGUUAGGUCUCAGAAGGGAGGUUCAGGAGCUUGUGAUGAUUCCAGUGAAGUUGAUAGAAACAAGAUCCCAGUUACUCAUCCUCCUACAGAAACAAAGCCAUUUAUGGAAAUACCAGUUGAAGCUCUGAGAACUAACUUAACUUACACUGUCCAUCAAGCUAGGACCAGUACUGUUAGUUCUGAUCGUGAGUGUCCCUCGCAACAAGACCAGAAUGAAGCAACAUGGGUAACUGGGUCGGAAGAUACACAAGGUGUAGUGUGUGAACAGCCAAGCUCGGCUCAACAUAAAGAACCUGGACACAACUCCAGGAUGAAAGAUGAGGGUCAAAAGGCAGCCACAAACCAAAUUCCCGAGCUGCAGGAGCUUCCUGUUGACCUUGUAGGUGCAUUGCCAGAUGAACUGGUAAGCAUCAUCCCUGAGGACCUGGUGCGUGGAGUGUGGAACACAGCCCGCACCUUAAUAACUCGCAUAAACCAGGAGAUGCUGUCACCACCAGCAGAUUCUGCAGGACGAGUGUAUCGCCUUGAAGAUGAUGCAGCAAGAGAAUCCCAUUGUACACCACCAGAAGAAACUCCAGAGCAAGAAGCGACUGUUCAAGACAGUAAUCCACUGCAACCCAAGCAAGAAAGAUCUCCACUACCACCUCCCAUGCAACAACUAGAAGACAUGGGCUUCACCAACCGUGAUGUGAAUCAACAGCUUCUUACAAAGUAUGACAAUGAUGUAUCCUGUGCCGUGGCAGAACUUAUUGUUCUUAAUUGUCAGUGAAUUAAUUGCUGAUGUGUUCAUUUUAUCAUUGCCAGCCAUUGGAAAUGCUAAACUUUGAGUAGCAGUUAAAUUCUUAUGGUAUACAUCAAUCUUAAGUUGUAGACUUUUUUUUUUUAUUGUAGAAAGACAAGAUUUUUAAAGAUUUCACAUCUAUAAUAGUAAGCAUUUAGUGUGGUUGAUUGGGAAGCAUUAAAUUUUGCUGUUUUAAAUAAGAUGCUUCUUAUGUUAAUAAACAUAUUUUUUUUUAUAUAAUUAAGCCAAACAGUAACACAUCCCAUAGUGGGACCAUAUUCGUGCAUAGCUUUUAUAUAGUUAUGCUGUCGUAGAAAAUAUUUUUUCAUAACAUUGGUUAAGGAUAUUGCUAGAAUUGCAGCGUGGCUCUGCUUACCCUGAUCUUUUGUUGUGCUAAUGAUUACAGUUUGUUGUUAGUCCAAAUUGGAUAAUGAUGCCAUAUUCCAAUUUUGUGUUGCUGCAUUGACCAGUUUUGCCAGAAGCUUGUUUGAUGAGAUUGAGUGGUUUUGGCAAUGGGUGGAGUGUGUGUGUGUGGUGUUGCAUUAAUGUCAUGUAGGCAUUGUUGGAAUUAAUUGGAGUAAAUCUUCAGAUUUUUAAUUUAUUAUGUAUUUUCAUAAACUAUAAAGCCUUAGAUGACUUGCUGUAUAAGUAAUAUUAUAUUAGGAUAAAUGAAGGGCUGAGGUGUUUGGGUAUGUGCAUAGAUUACAUACAAAAUAAUAAAUUCAAUUAUAUUCAACUAAAAAAAUGGCUGCAAGUCAGAUGGAAAGAAAGUGUUAGUUAGGGAAGAAAGUUACUAAUUAGAAUCACCAGAAAAUUUUAGAAUUUUUCCUUAAAUGUUGUAAACAUAAGUUUUUAAGUACAGACACAGUUUUUAUGCUUUGUAGUUUUUUGUAUGUAUGUGCACAUGCAUCUCAUUGUUCUCAAAAUACUGUAGUUAGAUUUGGAUAUGAUUAAAGGAUCAUUAAAUAUAUAUUAUAAAUUAUCUGCAUAUGAUUAGUACAGGAUUAUUAAUUUUGUUAUACUUGAGGCAAAUUUCAUCAUUUUGUGCAUCAACAGUCUACCUGAAAGCUUGAUUACUACCAAUUCUGCACAUUAUGCCUGCUAGAAAGUUUAGCAUUAUAAACUGCAUUAGUUUUUUAAAUAUUGUAUUCUCAAGUUUUAACAUUUUACAAUUAUUAUGAGUGCAGUAUUGUAGUGACAUUCUCUGUUGAGUAUUGAAAAAAAUGUCAAGUGAGAGAUGUAAGAGAAUGGAGCGUGCAUGGAAGCAAGACUCCACCAAUAUGGAGACAUAGGAUGAGAACUAAAGAUUUGCUAUAUUGUAAUCUUAAUAUAUUAUUUUUAUUUCUUUUAACACCUUCACUGCUGUGCUUGGAGAAUUCUAUCUAUAUAUUAUUUAUACUUACCGAAUCAUUCAUUCAUACAUAAAUGCAUACAUGUAGAAUAUUUGUUUUUUUACAUAAAACCAAUAAAAUGUUGGUUUUGGAAUUGAAAGUUGUCAUCUCACUCUCUUGUAGUUGCCAGAAUGGCUGAUAAUUUUUUUUAUUCAUAUAUGCUUAAUUACUUUUACUUGGUAUUUUUAAUAUGUCUAAUAUUUUUGUGUGUACUUGUACAGUAUAAAUGAAGUUGUAUGGGUACAUUUACGAAUGUGUGCAUUAUUCUUGUGGCAUAUCAACCAUGCCCCACACUCCCUUCAUGCUGCCAAGGCAAAUGCUGAUUUUGAUUGUCCCAGGUCAGGUGCUGUUUAUAUUUUCACUGGCUUUGGAACGCUGCUGUAAGCGUUACCAUUUUCCCAGUGUGAAAUUGGGUCUAUUUGAGAUGCAUAGGCAAUAAAAGACUGAAGGAUUUCGCUAUGGGUAAACAACACCUCUAGCCAACCCUGAAGCAUAAUGCCAAAAUUGAAGUUGUAUUACAGAAAUAUUGAAAUUGCAAAAUUUCUGGACAUUUAGUGCUAAAUGCUUAUCAUAAACAGUUAUUGUAAUAUAUUUUUUAUGUUUAUGCAGGAUUUUUGUUUUCUCGUGCAUUGGCAAUCCACUGGUUUUUGGCACGUCUGCCAACAUUUCACCAUUUACUGCCAUUUUCUCAGAGGUCAAAAAUAAUUUUUCUUAGAUACUGUGCAUGUAGUACUACCAUACAUGAAGAGUUCAUUUUUAAAAUAUAACAUUUGAGGUUGAAUCAGCUGUUGAUCUUGAUAAAUAGUCAAGUACACGUUACCUCCAUACCUGCAUCAAUAGGCAUAAAAGUGAAAUGGUUCAAAUUUGAUGUUACGCAGAUUCUACAGUACUGUAGUGUGCAGGGUGACCAUUGGCGGUAACAUUACAAGAGGUCUUGUAACACUUAGUUACAGAAGAUUAUUAUUAAUUAUAUUUUAAUAAUUUAGUUAUGAGGAGGGUAUUAUUUGUCCUUUUUGCAUUAAGUAAAAUGAUUUAGGUAAGUUUGUAGUUAAAGAUACUUUCCACAGCUUGUGCAUGAUCUUUUAGUGUACAGUAUUUGCUUAGGACUUUCCUUAAAAAAAAAAUGCUUGUUGGAUAUUUUGUGGUUUUAGUUGGAAGGUAAAUUGAUGCUGUUAAUUUGUUGUAUAAUUUGCAGCCAGUUUAACAUAUUUCAUAAAUAAAUUAACUUUUGUUGUAGCUUAGUUUUGCAAGUCAUUAUUUCUUUGCAUGACAAACGUAUUGUAAUACUUUUUUGUUUUGUUGUAGAUAUUUGUUACUUUUAUUUAUUACAGUAUAAGGUAUAUAAGAAUGAAUAUCAGUUGGCAGUUAUGGUUGAGUAUGGGUGUAUGGAUUGUAAAGCUUUGGUCCUUACUGAAUGCAAUCCAAGAGUUGAUGAUAGUGCAUGUAGCUUAGUUUUUAUAUAAGGGCUCUGCAGCAAGUAUAAGGAAAUAUAUUAAAUAUGAUCAUAGAGCGAUAUCUGUUAAUAAUGUUUCCUAAAAACAGAAUGGGAACAGGAACUUCUGUUAUGGAUGUCAUUUUACUUGAGGACUUUCUCAAGUGCAACAGAUGCACGUGGACACGUGCGUGCAGACUGAUGUACGGUGGGGGGUAAUUAUGUCGCCUGUGUAACACUCUUACCGCACAAUACACUCUUAAUGUAUGUUGCUGUUCUUGCACUAGGCUUUUCAACAACUAGAUUAAAAGCUCCGUCUAAAGUACUGUGCUGUAUUUUGUACCAGAAAUAAUUAUGUAUUGCAUAUAAUUAACAUAAGACAUUGCCUUGUCAUAGUAAAUAGGAAUUCUAUUCUGUAUCAUGUUUCUUCAUAAAAUAUGAUCACCUGCAUCUCGAUACAGAUUACUGUAUAUGAUAAUUUUUGUUUAGUAUAUCUAAUAGCUGUAGUUGGUGGAUGCUUAUUUAACUUUGGCUAAACUCUACUUAGUCACUUGAGUUGAGCUCUGAUAAGUUCUGUGGUUUAUAUAUAUUUUUAAUUUGCAAUUAAUAAAUUGAGUGAAAAUAGCAAUAUGAAGACAUUGCUAAUUCCCAAGUCAUUUUGAAAUCUAAUACUUUGUUUACCUUCAUUCACCUUACCUAGAUACAGCUACUCGGAAGAAAAUUUCCAUGUAACAUGAGCUAUGGUGAGCUCUUUAGGGCUCGCCAUAUUUUGAGCCCAUAAGGGCUCAAGAUUUUCACAUUUUUCUAUCAAAUAUUUCAGUAAAUAUGAUUUUUUUAUCUUCACUUAAAUAACCAUGUGGUUUAACAGAUCGUAAACUAGUCUACAAUUUCCAGGUCUUAGAAUAAAAAUCCUGCCAGUGAGAAAUGGACGUCAAUAUAUGUCUAACUUAACCAAUCUUGUAAUGAGUUAAACAAAGUUUAGUCAGUCUUUCUCAGACUAUGUUGGUAUUUUUAUGCUAGUCUACUUGAAAUGCAGAGUAAUGGAGAUCUGUGGAUUUGAUACAGUAAUCAUAUUUGGUGAAGAUAUUUGGUUCAACAUAGUGAUGUUCUGUAGAGCAUUAUGUGAUUUGUAAAACAAUUAACUGUUGGUAAAAAAUUGAAGCAGACAACAGUUCUUGUUUACCCAGCUGACUCUUGAUGGACAUUAUAAUAAGUCUGUUAGAUUUCACAAUCCGUUAGUGUUAGGUAUUAAAUUUACAUAAUACUUCACCAGAAUUUUGUCAUUUCAAGAUUUAAAGAUGCUGAAUGAGGUAAAUGUCAACCAUUUAUUUUUAUCACUUUUAAGUUUUCCACAAGAUAAAAGUUUAUGUACUGUAUUUGGAAGAUGUCCAUUUAGCAUAUGCUUCAUUAACCCAUAGUUUUUGCCGAGUCUGCAUUAUUUGUGGAGCUUUAGGACCAGUCAUAAAUAUUACCCAAAAUAUGUAGUAUAAGUGGAUUCUGCAACUGAAGUGUUUAAGUUUAGUUUAUAAUUAUACAGAAGUUGGGAAAGUAUAGCAAAUGGCUCUUUAUAGAUAGCCAAAUUUCUUUCUACUGAUAUAUAAUAAUAUCUUGUUAUUCACUGUAUUGUGUAGAAGAGGCACAGGGACAACUGGACAUUUAGACGAGUAAUGUAGAGGGUAAACAAUUUGCAUUUCUAGUUAUAUAAUUGCUUCACAUUUUAUUUUAUAUAGACACCUUGGUGCAUGAUUUUGAUGGAAUAUCUGUGUUUUACUAGUAUAAAGAUGUGUUAUCAUUAAGGUACAUUUGUCAUUAAGGAGAGUUAAAUUUCAGCCUGUAGAAUAUGCAGUAUAGUAAACGUCUGUAAGUGCUGAGACUUCUCUAAUAUUUGUGAUGUUGAUAGGUCUCAUCUAUGAUUUUUAAAAAAAUUUAAAGUUUGCUUUACAGGAAAGCCAAUAUUUUAUGUUAAUCUUGUUUAUUCCAUUAAUUACUUAAGGAGUUUGUGUUUGAUAAUUUGUCAAGAUGAUGAAAAUUUUGUUACCAGGGCCAUGAUAAAACGUGUGAGAGUUCUGUUCAAACUGCAGGUGCAUAAAACUCCUCAAAACGAGAGAGAGAGAGAGACCUGCAAGUCUUAAGUAACCUGAACAUGUUGAAGCAUAGUUGUGUGAUUCAAGCAAGUUGGUGUAGUAGCAGUUACAUGGUAUACUACAAAUGUUAUAAAGCCUGAUAUAUAUAUAUAUCUGUACUAUAUAAACAUAUAUAAUAAAGUAUAAUAGUAAA